AUGGAUCCUAAACCUUCAAAAAAUAAAGACAAGCCAGAAAACACUGCCAGUCAGCCAUCCUACUUAAUAGUGCAUGCUACUGGAGAAAAACCUUUGUCAAAAUGCUCCCCUUUUUUGAUUCAGAAGUUAUUUGAAUCAACGAUCGGACACCUGAAAAAAACACAAAAACUGAGGUCAGGAGACCUAUUUGUAGAAACUGUUUCAACUAAACAGUCGGCAAAACUUUUAGCUGCAAAGAAAUUGGGAGACAUUGAAGUCACAGUCACACCACAUGGAAGUUUGAACUCUUCACGUGGUGUGAUAUCUGAGUUUGAUCUGAUGUCUGAAGAUGAAUCAGAUAUUUAG